UUUAGGGCCAUUAAUUCUGACCACGUGCCUGAGAGGCAAGGUGGAUGGCCCUGGGACAGAGGCUGUUCAUCACUAUGUUCCGGGGAGUAGGACGUGUUCAGGGCACGCUGCAGGCUCUCGUCUUCUUAGGCGUCCUAGUGGGCAUGGUGGUGCCCUCGCCCGCCGGCACCCGCGCCAACGGCACGCUACUGGACUCCAGAGGCUGGGGCACCCUCUUGUCCAGGUCUCGAGCUGGGCUAACUGGAGAAAUUUCGGGUGUGAAUUGGGAAAGCGGCUAUUUGGUGGGCAUCAAGCGGCAGCGGAGACUCUACUGCAACGUGGGCAUUGGCUUCCACCUCCAGGUGCCCCCCGACGGCCGGAUCAGUGGAACACACGAGGAGAACCCCUACAGCCUGCUGGAAAUUUCCACGGUAGAGCGGGGUGUAGUGAGCCUCUUCGGUGUGAAAAGCACCCUCUUCAUUGCCAUGAACAGUAAAGGAAGAUUGUACACAACGCCCAGCUUCCAAGAGGAAUGUAAGUUCCGUGAAACCCUCCUCCCAAACAACUACAACGCCUACGAGUCAGACCUGUACAGAGGGACCUACAUCGCACUGAGCAAAUACGGACGGGUAAAGCGGGGCAGCAAGGUGUCCCCAAUCAUGACUGUCACUCACUUCCUUCCCAGGAUAUAAGGACCCAUGCAGGAAGGCUCACAAAGUGACAGCUGCAUCUUUUCUGUUGGAAUUUUCCACGAGAGAACAAUCCUGCUGGUACCCUGUGACUUCUCAGUCUGGCUUAUCUUGUGCCUCAAGAGACCAGAGCUGGUUUCCAUGACCACUGGACUGCGCGGCAUGUGACCCACGUGACUGAAGGGUUGCAGCUGACUUCUCAGAAUGGCAGUGGAUCCUGUACGUUGACCUCACCCGAGGAGAGACAGUGCAGAUGAUACUUGUGACAUGUGGUCCCAUGCACAAGCAAAGGCCAGGAUGGGAGUGUUCCUGUGUCCCUGCGUACUCACACAUCUUCAUGUAGAGUCUCAGAACAAAGGCAUUUCAAAUUGCCUUUCUCCUGACGUUUUCACUGUAAGAAUCUGCCUGUCAGAGCAUCACUUGUCAAGCCAGCAGGAUCGAGGUGUGCCUCAUUCUGUCCUGUUCUGAUCAUCCAUCUGUCC